ACUCUCUAGACAGAAAUACCAUCCCCAAUUAUUUGGUUUGCUGAUAUUCUGUAAAUUCUUCUUCUUGAUCUGGAAAACCAGGAAACAGAAAGAAAAAUCCAUCCUUUACAUUGCAUUACAUUCUCUUACACAAUGUCAGCACUUUAGCAGUACCCCUUUCUUCAUUUAUUAUAGCGCUUCUUCAAGUUCCUCUCUUUCUCUAUUUCUGUCACAGCAGCAAGCAACAACAUCAGUAUCUGCCUCUUCCCAUCACCACCAUGUCUGCUAAAUCUAAAUCCAGUUUAUCUGAAACUCCUAGCAAGCCUUCACCAGCAACUCCCAAAGUCACUAGCAAACUGAGCAAGGGAGUUGCUAAAUCAGAACCUGAUUCAGCCUCUCCCCUGCCAAGCUCACGGCUUUCUGUUGAUAGAUCCCCAAGAUCCAUUAACUCAAAGCCAGCAAUUGAUCGUAGAUCACCAAAGGUUGUCACCUCAUCACCAAAGGUUGCCACACCACCUGAAAGGCCACUGACACGACUGGGUAAGGGAGCUGAACUUCAGGCUCAACUCAAUCUGGUUCAGGAAGAUUUAAAGAAAGCAAAGGAGCAGAUUGCAUUAAUUGAGAAGGAGAAGACAAACGCACUUGCAGAGCUGAAAGAAGCACAGAAAGUGGCCGAUGAAGCGAAUGAAAAGCUUAGAGAGGCCUUGGUUGCACAAAAGCGAGCUGAAGAGAACUCGGAGAUUGAGAAGUUCCGGGCUGUUGAGUUGGAACAAGCUGGAAUUGAGGCUGCACAGAAGAAGGAAGAGGAAUGGCAGAGAGAAAUUGAAGCUGUGAGGAACCAGCAUGCUUUGGACGUUGCUGCUCUUCUCUCUACCACUCAGGAGCUGCAAAAAGUGAAGCAGGAGCUAGCCAUGACAUGUGAUGCUAAGAACCAGGCUCUGAACCAUGCUGAUGAUGCAACUAAGAUUGCUGAAAUCCAUGCUGAAAAGGUAGAAAUCCUUUCUGCUGAGUUGUCUCGGUUGAAGGCCUUGCUUGAUUCAAAGCAUGAGACGGAAGCAAGUGAAUAUAAGGAGAUGGUAUUGAAGCUUAAGGGAGAGAUAGAAUCUUUGAAACAAGAGCUGGAGAAAGCAAAAUGUUUUGAAGAGAAGUUGAUUGAAAGAGAGGCUUUCAUUGAACAACUUAAUGUGGAUCUAGAAGCUGCCCAGAUGGCUGAAUCUUAUGCUCGUAAUGUUGUAGAGGAAUGUAAAAAUAGAGUUGAAGAAUUAGAAAUGCAGGUUGAGGCAGCAGAGAAAUUGGAAAGAUCUGCUUCAGAAUCUUUGGUGUCUGUCAUGAAGCAACUGGAGGACAACAAUGAUUUGUUACAUGAUGCAGAAUCUGAGAUUGCUGCUCUUAAGGAGAAGGUGGGGUUAUUGGAAAUGACAAUUAGUAGACAAAAAGGGGAUCUUGAGGAAUCAGAACAUCAGGUUGAUAUGGCUAAAGAAGAAACUGCAAAAAUGGCAGAAUUGAUCAAGUCUUUGAGGUCAGAGUUAGAAACAGUAAAGGAAGAAAAGAUCCAAGCUUUGAACAACGAGAAGCUUGCAGCUUCUAGUGUUCAGACCCUGCUUGAGGAGAAAAACAAACUCAUUAAUGAUUUAGAGAAUUCUAAGGAAGAAGAAGAGAAAUGCAAGAAAGCAAUGGAAAGCUUAGCUUCAGCUUUGCAUGAAGUGUCUGCAGAAGCAAGGGAGGUCAAAGAAAAGCUCUUGUCCAGUCAAGAAGAGCAUGAACAUUAUGAGACUCAGUUAGAAGAUUUAAAAUUGGUCCUCAAAGCAACAAAUGAGAAGUACGAAACCAUGCUUGAUGAUGCAAAACAUGAGAUUGAUCUUCUUACAAGUACCAUUGAGCAGUCCAAUAAUGAAUUUGAGAACUCCAAGGCUGAUUGGGAGCAAAGGGAACUGCAUUUUAUGGACUGUGUCAAAAAAUCAGAAGAAGAAAACUCUUCUAUGGGGAAAGAAAUUAACAGGCUGGUAAAUUUGUUGAAACAGUCUGAGGAAGAAGUUACUGCUUCAAAGGAGGAAGAAGCUCAGCUGAAGGAGAGCUUAAAGGAAGUUGAAUCUGAGGUGAUUGAUCUGCAAGAAGCUCUUAAAGAGGCAAAGACUGAGAGCAUGAAAUUGAAAGAGUCUUUGAUGGAUAAAGAAACUGAGCUGCAGAGUGUCAUUCAAGAGAAUGAGGAACUCCAAGCUAGGGAAGAUGCUUCUCUUAGGAAAAUUGAGGAGUUGUCUAAGCUGUUAGAAGAAGCUAUGACCAAAAAGCAAAGCGAGGAAAAUGGCGAGCUAUCAGAUAGUGAGAAGGACUAUGAUCUGCUGCCUAAGGUUGUUGAAUUCUCUGAAGAGAAUGGACACGGUGGAGAAGAGAAGCCCAAAAUUGAAUUCCAAUCACAACAAUUUGAGGAACCCAAAAAGGAAAAUUCUGAGGAAAAUGGCUUCAAGGAGCAGGCUGUUCAAGCGGCUGAUGCCAAAGUUGAGAUUGUGAAUGGAAAACCGAAGGAAGAUGAGGUGAAAGAAAAAGAGGAUGAUUCAGUUGAAGUUGAAUUUAAGAUGUGGGAGAGCUGCAAGAUUGAAAAGAAAGAGUGUUCACCAGAAAGAGAACCCGAGCAAGAAUCUUUUGAAGAGGAAGCGGACUCAAAGGUGGAUGGUGGUGAAAGCUUUGAUCAGGUAAAUGGAUCAACAGAAAAUGUUGAUGAUGGAGGAAACUCACCAUCCAAGCAGCAACAGCACAAGAAGAAAAAGCCAUUGCUCCGUAAGUUUGGAAGCCUUCUCAAGAAGAAAGGAACUAGCAACCAGAAAUAGACAAGAAAUCAGCAAUGACCUUACUAAGCCCUAGUAUGGAGCAGGUAUAUUGGAUACUAUCUUGCAGCUGAAUGUGUUUGCUUGUCUGUUUUGCAUCUAAUGUUCCCAGUAGGUUUAAAGUUGAAGAGGUUUGUAUCAUGAUUAGUUUCUUUCUUGCUUUCGUUUAAAUUUUUUUUAAUGUGAUUCUCCAUGUUGGAGAGUACCCUGUAUGUGAUGGAGAUUUUUUUUUUUUUUUAUUUUUGAUUUUUUCUUAUUGCUUGUCCUUCAUGUCUAAAAUUCAUGGAAAAGGAGUGAUGACUUAAAUUGUGUUUGUUAAUGUGCUUUCUCUAUAUUUUACAAAGGGAAAUUAUAGUGGUGCCAAAAAUCUGGGGAAUUUCAUCUGACUUCUGAUCCAUUAACACCAAGUUUAGCCACUUCUGUGUUUGAAAUGCAAUUGCUGUUUUUGGCCGUGUUUGAUCAUAAUCUAGUUCACACUUUCAAGUGCUCUCAAUUGUCCCCUACCUGAAAAGUUUUUUAUAGCCCUUCACAUUUCUACCUCAUGCAGAUGGAAGCAAAAUUGCUUGCUUUGAAGUAGACAAAAAUUGGGAGAAAAUUGUCACACAAAUGAAAGGCUGUUUACUGUUUAAUGCUGUGUUUGAAGGGAGCAUGCACCUUCCAUUCCCAAGAAGAAUGAGAUAAUCCCAUUAUCUUGUUUUCCUCGCGUGGCAGUGUAACGGCACUGCUAAGUUGCUUCAGUGUUUGACUGUUAGUGCUCCUAGGGCGGUUAAAAGUUUAUUAACGAGUAACUUGUACCUAAAAGGGCAUUAAUUAUAUGUUUUUUACAUUAAUUUGUGUAAAAAAAUGAAAAAAAACACGUGCA